AUGGGGGACUUUAACUUCCCUAAUGUCUGCUGGAAAUACAACACAGUAGAGAGACAACAGUCCUGGAGGUUGCUGGAGUGUGUGGAAGAUAACUUCCUCACACAACUGGUGAGGGAGUCAACCAGGGAAGGUGCCCUCCUGGACCUGCUUCUUGUGAACAGGGAAGAACUUGUGGGGGAAGUAAAGGUUGGAGGUUGUCUAGGGCACAGUGAUCAGGAGAUGAUUGAGUUUUCAACCCUCGGUAAAAUAAGGAGAAGAGUUAGUAAAACUGCCACCCUAGACUUCUGGAGGGCAAACUUUGGCAUGUUCAGGAGACUGAUUGAGAAAGUGUUGGCCCUGAAGGAUAUGGGAGUCUUCAAGAGGGAAAUCUUAAAGGCGCAGGAGCAGGCUGUCUCUGUGUGCCAGAAAAUGAGUCGGUGGGGAAGGAGACCAGCCUGGCUAAAUAGGGACCUGUGGCUGGAAAUCAAGAAUGAAAAGAGAGUCUACAACCUUUGGAAGAGGGGGCAGGUCUCUCACGAAGACUAUAAAGAUGUAGUGCAGCUUUGUAGGGAGAAAAUUAGGAGAGCCAAAGCACAGCUAGAGCUCAAACUAGCUGCAGCUGUUAAGGAUAACAAAAAAAGUCUCUAUAAAUUCAUUAACAACAAGAGGAGGAUUAGGGAAAAUCUUCAUCCUUUAUUGGAUGCAGAGGGAAACUUUGUAACAAGGGAUGAGGAUAAGGCUGAGGUGCUCAAGGCCUUUGCCUCCGUCUUUAGCAGUGAAACCAGCUGUCCCCUGAGGUACACCACCUGAGCUAGGAGAUAGGGAGGAUAUGCAGCAUAAGAGGAAGUGGUUAGUGACCUGCUACACCAGUUGGCUGAACACAAGUCUAUAGGACUGGAUGGGUUACACCCAAGGGUGCUAAAAGAGUUGGCAGACGUGCUUGCCAAGCAACUGUCUAUAAUUUACCUGAAGUCCUGGUUAGCUGGGGAGGUCCCAGUGGACUGGAAGAUAGCAAAUGGAAUGCCCAUCUACAAGAAAGGUAGAAAGGAGGACCUGGGAAACUAUAGACCUGUCAGUCUGACCUUGGAGCAGAUCAUCUUGAGUGCCAUCACAUGCCAAUUAGAGGACAACCAGGGGAUCAGGCCCAGUCAGCAUGGCUUUUUGAAAGGCAGGUCCUGCCUGACAAACCUGGUCUCCUUCCAUGACAAGAUGACCCCAUUAUUGAACCAGGGAAAGGCAGUGGAUAUUGUCUAUCUAGACUUUCGAAAAGCAUUCAAUACUGUUCCACGUAGAAUACUCAUACAAAAACUGGUGACUCAUGGCCUGGAUGGGCACACGAUCUGCUGGAUAAAGCACUGGUUGGAUGGAUGAUCCCAGAGGGUGGUCAUCAGUGGAGUUAAAUCCAGCUGGCAGCCAGUGACAAGUGGUGUUCCGCAGGGCUCAAUGUUGGGACCACUGCUGUUCAACAUCUUUAUCCAUGACCUUGAUAAGGACAGUGAAGGUAUCAUCAGUAAGUUCACAGAUGCCACUAAAUUGGGUGGGAGUGUUGAUCUGCACAAGGAUAGUGAGACUCUACAGAGGGACUUGGAUAGCUUGGAUCAAUGGGCCAAGGUUAAUGGGAUGAGCUUCAACCAGGCCAAGGCCCAAGUCCUGCACUUGGGCCACAACAACCCCAAGCAAAGCUACAGGCUUGGGGAAGUGUGGCUAGAAAGCUGUCUGGCAGAAAAGGACCUGGGGAUUCCAAUAGACAAGUGUCUGAAUGUGACCCAAGUGUGUGUCCAGGUGGCCAAGAAGGCCAAUGGCAUCGUGGCUUGUAUUAUAAACAGUGUGACCAGCAGGAGCAGGGAGGUGAUUGUCCCCCUGUACUCAGCACUGGAUGAACCUCUGGACAAUUCUAACCUGGAGCUGUACACAGAUGGUAGCAGCUUUGUUGAAACUGGGAUGCAGAUGGCUAGUUUUACAGUGGUAACUACCAAAAGGGUACUGGAGGCAGGGCAGCUUCCAAACAGCACUUUGGACCAAGUGGCUGAGUUAAUUGCUUUUACCAAAGCCCUGGAGACAGCUACCAGAAAGUGGGUAAAUAUCUCGACCGACUCAAAAUACGCCUUUGGAGUAGUCCACACCCACAGCACUAUUUGGAAGGAGAGAGGUUUGCUGUCUACCCAGAGCUCACUGAUAAAACACCGAGAGGAGUCCCUGAGACUGCUACAAGUUGUGAAGAACCCCAGGGAAGUGGCUAUCAUGCACUGCAAGGCACACCAGAAGGGACAUGCUCUGGUGAACAUUGGUAACCGACUGGCAGACAUAACGGCUAAACAGGCUGCAGAACAAGGGGUUUUAGCGUAA